CUGGCUUUGGAGACUGUUGUAGAAUUCGACAAACUCGACGACGUGAAAGUCGUCAAUAAUGUUCAAGAUUUCCUCACAAAAGUACAAAGACUAUUGAACAAAAAUCACAGAACUGAUCUAUCUACUCGGAGGAAGAAUCUUUAUCAGUUCUCAGAUUUUCUAGAAGACGUUAUAAUAGAAGUACAAUCAUUGGAAGACGAUGAUUUAUUGGAAAUAUUCAAUAUCAUCAAGAAGAAUGUCGAGAAACGCAAAAGAAAUGAUAUUUUGGAUGAAAACGGGAGAAGAUAUUUAUCAGGCAAACUAUCGGUAUUAAGACAGAAACCGAUAGUUGAAAUACGAAGUGAUUUAGACGAUCUAUUAAGAGAGUUGAGGAAUGAUAAACAAAAUAAAAGCAACUACAUACUAGGCUUCAUAAACACGCUAUACGAACGUGACGCACAACAUAAACUAAAGAAAUUCGUAAAAAAAUUGAACAUAUUCAGACGGAGUACCAGGAAAUCCAAAGUGGACUUGAAAGAUAUUAUCGAAAAAGUUAUAAACGACGUGAUAUAUGAACAUUAUAAUAAUUUACAGGGAGAUGAGAGACGCUAUAUAAAAAAAUACGUAAGAUCAUUCUUUGUAGAUGAUGUACCGAACGACGAAAAAAUCAAACCUACUGAAAACGAAGAGACGACCAAAUACGUAAAUACUAACGAAGAAACAAGCGAAUCAGUAGAACAAGCGGUAGAUGUCAGUCCAUUUACAGACGCCACACAGAAAUCUACAGUAAAAAUACCAAAAAACAACAAUUUGUAUCCAAAAACAACAAAAGUAACGAAAUCCCAAAAACAUGAGUUCAGAACUGGUUUUCCAGUAAGAGAAUAUCAAUUAGAAGAUGUAACUGAGAAAGAAAAAGACGAAGAUCGUGCCGAGGAUUCUGGGCAUCUAUUCAAAGCUCAAGACGGCGUCGCCACUCAUGAGAUCUUCGCAAACCAUUCGCUUGAAAUCAACGUUAAUUUAAUGCUCAAAAAACAUAAAGAUUCGCAAGAGGAAAACAGCUUUAAUAAGAAUAACUAUCAACACAGACUUUCUCAGAGGGCAUCGACGAAAAAAACUAAGAAACACAAAAAACAUCGCACAACCAAAGCUACUCUGUCUGCUGAAACAUUUGGUAGUUUACAUAAAAAAACUACAAGAAAACAUAUAACUAAAAAAAGGUCACGCGCUCCCAAAACUAGGAGUACAGCGAAAGAAGCUAUUCUAAGAACGAUGAUGAAUGUUGAUACUGCUGAAAAAGAUUCAGAGGCACGCUCUGAUGACGAUCGGCGUAAGAGCUUUAAAAAUGUCUAUACAGAAGACCAUAAAUCAGUAAAAACUACCAUAAAACAUGCCAUGAGACGUGCUAAUAUACCCAUUGAGAACUAUUUCAACUUUACUCAAACUACAAGAGUGAAUAAAGUCAUUAUACCAACAGUGAGAUCACAUCGCACAACUACGACUUCAAGGCCAGUUGUCACAACUACACAAGCUACAACUUCAUCGCCAAAAACUGUAACAAUUACUACAACUACACAAAGCGAUGUUUACAAUGAAAUACAACAUAAAAACGUUACUGACGCAGAAUUGUCUAGCGAGAUCGAAAAUUUAGAUUUAAAUAAUCCGGAAGACACAAAUUUAGUUGACUCAAACAAAACAGUUACUAAUGAAACUGUGAAGUUUAGUUUAGAUAAUUAUUUAAAGAAAUCUGAUUUACGAAAUGUAGAGAAUGAUGAAAAGAUGAAAAAUAUAGAAGAUACAAUGAGAAAUGACUUUAAAAUGUUAAUGUCUGCACCAACUACCACCACGACGGAGACCUUCACUGAUGUAUUUAAAGAGUUAGAAGAUGCGUUUGAGAUUUAA